CAUUGCUAGUGAAGAUGCCACAGUUUAACACCUCCUCGGACUUGCGCAGGAUCCAUCAAUGGCCGCUCUCUACUCCUCAGCUCUCCUUCGGAGCUGUGGAGCAGGUGGUGUCAAGGCAUUCGCGUUUUCCAGAGGCUCCUCUCGAGCUCUCGCUUCUGCCAAGUUCGCUCCUCCGCUUCACUUUCAGUCCCGUCGCAGAUCUUUUUGCGUCAAAGCCACAAGCAGUGAAGAAGACGCUGCUAAAGCAGCUGCUGCAGUUGCCGACACAGGAGCUCCGACCAUAUUUGACAAGAUCAUAGCUAAGGAGAUACCAUCAACCAUUGUGUAUGAGGAUGAAAAGGUCCUAGCUUUUCGAGACAUUACUCCACAGGCUCCGGUUCAUGUUCUAGUCAUUCCAAAACUCAGAGAUGGCCUUACGCAGCUCGGAAAGGCUGAAGAAAAGCAUUCUGAGAUACUGGGUGAACUUCUCUAUGCUGCCAAAGUUGUGGCUGAAAAAGAAGGCAUUCUUGAUGGAUUUCGUGUUGUCAUCAACAGUGGACCAAGUGCCUGUCAAUCCGUUUAUCAUCUUCACCUGCAUGUGCUGGGUGGUAGACAAAUGAAGUGGCCUCCUGGUUGAAGUUGAAGCAAGCCAUAUUAAUCAUCACCAUUUUGUGACCUAUUGAGAUGUAUUCACGAUAGUUCUGCUCUUUUUGGCUCACUGAUCAUGUAACUAUGCUUUCGAGGUUUUCCUUUGAUAAUAAAAGUUGUUGCCAGAUCCGUAUGUGAAUGUCGUUAUGUUUAUGUCUGUCUGAGCAACAUGUGGCUCAUACAUGCUGCAAAAGUAUUGACAGUACUACCAUCUAUUCGUUUC